AGUGCGCGGCUCGAGACGACUGGUGUCUCACUACACCGAUUGGUUUGUCAUUGACCAACCAAAUUACUAACUCGGCGUAAAUACAGAUAUCAAAUCGGUAACAUGGGGGAAUAGCGAACGACACGGCGGUGAUGUGAACACGGAUAAAAUGGAGGACGAUGUGUUAGACACCGUGCUAGCGUUAGAGCGCGAGACACAUAACAAAGGAGUCACCUAGCUACUUAGCUUCUUCGUGUAAAAUAGUUUCUGUAGCUAGCUAGCAGAGACGCUAACCAGCUAAUGUUAGGAGUUCAGUAGUCCUAAAAAUAAUUUCGGACCAUUCCUUUGCGGUAUUAAUAAAAUAUCUAUCUAUCUAUCUAUACACACGACGUGUACUAAAUGCAACAAACAACCAGUUAGACUGGUGAAACUGGUGGAGAGAAUGGAGCAGUACACCACCACAAGCAGUGGGGAGCAGAUAGUGGUCCAGGCAGCAAAUGGACAGAUCCAGCAGCAGGCACAGGGUACAGUCACAGCUGUACAGCUGCAGACCGAAGCGCCAGUCGCUACAGCAGCCGGUCAGCAAGUGCAGACGCUCCAGGUAGUCCAAGGCCAACCGCUUAUGGUGCAGGUGAGUGGAGGUCAGCUGAUCACCUCCUCAGGUCAGCCCAUCAUGGUACAGGCCAUGUCUGGAGGCCAGGGCCAGACUAUUAUGCAGGUGCCUGUCUCUGGAGCUCAGGGUUUGCAGCAGAUCCAGUUGGUGCAGCCAGGACAGAUCCAGCUGCAGGGAGGGCAGACACUACAGCUGCAGGGGCAGCAGGGUCAAGCCCAACAGAUCAUCAUUCAACAGCCCCAGACUGCCAUUACUGCAGGACAGAAUCAGGGCCAGCAGAUUACAGUCCAGGGCCAGCAGGUUGCUCAGACUGCUGAAGGCCAGACCAUAGUGUACCAGCCAGUGAAUGCGGAUGGCACUGUGCUUCAACAGGGAAUGAUCACAAUCCCAGCAGGCACUCUGUCUGGCACUCAGAUUGUACAGGCAGCAGGGGGCGCCAACACAUCUACCACCAACAGCGGGCAAGGCACUGUCACGGUCACACUGCCAGUGUCUGGCAAUGUUGUUAGUACAGGAGGGAUGGUCAUGAUGGUGCCUGGUGGAGGAGGAUCGGUCCCUACCAUCCAACGAAUCCCUUUACCCGGUGCUGAGAUGCUGGAGGAGGAGCCACUCUACGUCAACGCCAAACAGUACCACCGCAUCCUGAAAAGAAGACAAGCCCGAGCGAAACUGGAGGCCGAGGGCAAGAUUCCUAAAGAGAGGAGGAAAUACCUACAUGAGUCACGCCACAGACACGCCAUGCAGAGGAAGCGGGGCGAUGGCGGCCGCUUCUUUUCACCCAAAGAGAAAGAAGAAAUGGCUCUAGCCAUGCAGGUGAGACCACAGGGACACAUCGGAGUCAAACAGGAGGACUUCCAUAGAGCUGCUAAAAUCACAAGCUCACACUGGCUUCCAGAGCAGACUGCGCCUCUUGCUUAGCUGCUGUACUCCGUUCUCGCUGGCUGCGAAGUGCUUCUCUUCCCUUGCUCUCUCAUUGGCAAUACUGUGUCCACCUUCAUCCUUUUUGCUUUUUCUUGCUGCAUUGCUUUUUUUAGGUCUUUCACAGGUGCUACAUCAGCAUUUUAACAACGGACAGUUUGACUAAAAGCCAAAGAUGCUGAGCUAAUGUUGGCAGAGCGUUGCGUUUUUGUACAUACAGGUGAAAGUAGGAUUCUAGUCAGCUCUGUAGCAGCCAAGGGCACACAGUACACUUUAUUAGAAAACAUCAUUUUUUGUGUAAAUUUUUAAAUAUAAGCUAAAUAUAGUGUAAAAUUACAUAGUUAUUAUGAUGUUAAUGUAGGAAAAAACAUGUAUGAACAGUUUGCAUUAAAUUUAAACAAAACUUAGAUUUCAGUUAUGUUGCUUAGGGUGUGAAAAAGAUUUUUGCAUUAAGAAUGCUUACUGGGAUGUUUUGUAUUAAAGCAUCUGGUAUUAUGGUAUUUUUUGUAAAAUAAACAGUUAAGAGCACAGUGAGAGAAUUUGAUAGCACAGAAUUUCACGAUGCUGUGACUGUCCUGUGUGUUUGAUGUGUACAUCACAUACUGCAUUAUUCUGUUAGUUUUGUGUUCAUUUCCCUGCCUGUUUUUUGUCUCUUGUUUUGUAAUUCUUACACCCUGUUUUCUUGUUUGCCAUGUGUUACAAUUUUAUUCUUUUGAAUAAAUUACCCAGAACAGUAAAAUGUUUAACAGUUUGCUCGUAAGACUUUAUUGGCCUCAUAUAAAACUUUUUUUUCCUUUGCGCUGUUUCAUUGUGUUGUUUCCUGUUAUACUUUAAGUGUUUUAUUAAUAUUUAUCAUAUAGAUUGAUAUAGAUCAACCACAAGCUAUAGAAAUGUUUAUUUGAUUGAACUCCAUAUAUAAUCUCAGGAAAGGAUUUUCCGGAAAAAGGAAAUGAAGGGUAAUUGUGUGCUUACUUGAACUCAAUUCUUACUUAGGUUUGUGUUCACAUGUUUAUCGUGAGCAUCAAGUGUUUUUAUGAGCUGUGUGUGCGAUAAUAUAUCGGACUGCUUACAUAACCCUCCUU